AUGAGAUUUCGGUUUUUCGGUUAUUCCCUUCCUCUUCUAAUAGACCGCACUGCUCAGGCCAGCUUAAUGCCUAUAAAGCUAAGGCCGUUAGCUAUAAUGUCCGUAACGCUAAUGCCAAUGCUAAUGCUUAUAACGCUAAAGCCAUUAACUGCAACGCUACAGUCACCGGUUGCAGUGCCUAUAACGCUAAGGCAUUUCGCUCUCUUCUAUUAA